CGUGGGCGUGCAAGGUUGCUGACUUUCCCGGAGUCUUCUUGUUCGUCUUGCCGGUGGAUUACGCAGAGCGACUUCCAAACUUUCUCCCAGCCACGACGACAGCAGGACGGACAGGGACGCAGCCGGACGGGAACGGACGCUUCUGGAUUUGUUCUCGGUGUUGCGUUCCUUCGACGCGCCCCCAGAGCGAACGAGUGAGGAGCGGAAGCAUGAGGCGGACUCGUCCGGACGGCUAACGGGAAGCCAAGUUAAAAGCGAAUCGAGUGUCGAACGAUUUUCGAAGGCAAACGCUACAAAGUGGAAAAGUUGUCGUCGUUCUGGUUCGGUUGGAACUUGUCGACGACUGCGGCCACCAUGGACCGGCGGGACGCGGACGACGCCGACUCGCUGGCCGGUGGCGUUGGCCCGGCGCAGCGCCUCCUAGCGGACGGCGUCUGCCAGCAACAGGGUUGGAUGCGCGUUCACGAGGUAACCGGCCCGGCCGCCCACCGCCUGUCAUGUGGUCAGAGUUCGUAUUUGGACACGGGCACGUGGGAGAAGAAAUUGUGCGUGUUGACGGACAGCCAGUUGCUACUGCUCAGCCAGGACGAGCAGAACACGUUCGAGGUCCCGGAGAAAUCGGCAGACGGCGCCAACGCACGCAACCUCCGCAGGGCCGUCAGCGUCCCCUCGGAUGGACAUUUGCCGGACUGUCCAACGGAGAGGGCCACCAUCUUAGCAUCGCCCCCCAGGAGGCGGAGCAUCCCUGGCCCGUCAAACUUGGAGAAGAGCGUCGCCGUGGACCCACCCUACUCGUCGCCUUUCAGAGUGCCGGGCUUCUUGAGCAAGCGUCUGAAAGGUCCCAUCAAAUGGACAAAAAGUCCAAGCAAAGUGGAGCGGAACAGCAGCAUGAGACUUCCUGUUAUGAGACCCGCUGACACAGACAGGUCUUGUGGACUUUCUCAGCCCAAGGAAUGGACGUCAUGCGAGUCUCUGAUGAAUCCCGGCGGAGCUCUGGAGGCACUGGACCUCAACGUGGACGAGGGGGUCUCGGUCAGACCUCUGCACAGCAGCAUUGUGGGUCAGGACUUUUGCUUUGAGGUGACCUACUCGGGCGGCGCCAAGUGCUUCAGCUGCUCGUCGGCGUCGGAGCGAGACAAGUGGAUGGAGAACCUGAGGAGGAGCAUGCAGCCCAACAAGGACAACCGCCGCAGGACGGAGCAUCUUCUCAGGCUGUGGAUCAUCGAGGCCAAGGACCUGCCCCCCAAGAAGAAGUACUUCUGCGAGCUGUGCCUGGACGACGUGCUGUACGCGCGCACCACCAGCAAGGCUUGCCGUCCCGGCCCCUUCUGGGGCGAGCGCUUCCUGUUGGCCGACCUGCCCGCCGUACGCAGCCUCACCGUGCACGUCUACCGAGACGCCGAGCAGAAGAAGAAGAAAAAGAAGCAGGACAAGAACAACUACGUGGGACUCGUCAACAUCCCCGCGGCCGCUGUCACGGGACGACAUUUUGUGGAGAAAUGGUACCCGAUGAGCACGCCGGCGGCCGCCAAGGCCAGAGGGGGCGGCGGCCCGUCGCUGCGCCUCAACUUGCGUUUCCAGAGCAUCGGCGUGCUGCCCAUGGAGGACUACAAGGAGUUCGCCGAGUACGUCACCACGUCGUACGCUACGCUGUGCGCCGCCCUCGAGCCCGCCGUUGGCGUCAAGGACAAGGAGGACGUGGCCGCCGCGCUCGUGCGCAUCCUGCACGCCACCGGCACGGCCAAGGAGUUCCUCAGCGAGGCGGUGAUGUCGGAGGUGGAGCGCUGCGGCCGGCGCGACGUCCUCGUCUUCAGGGAGAACACGCUGGCCACCAAGGCCAUGGAAGAGUACCUCAGACUUGUCGGACAGACGUACCUGCAUCACGCGCUCGGUACGUGCGCACGCACACUCGCGCGGCACCCGUGCCAACGAGGCAACGCUAACGACGCCGACGCGCACCGCGCAGGCGAGUUUGUCAAAGCGCUGUACGAAUCGGACGAGGACUGCGAGGUGGAUCCCGCGCGCUGCGCUGCCGGCGAGCUGUCGGAACAUCAGAGCAACUUGAAGAUGUGCUGCGAGUUGGCCUUCUGCAAGAUCAUCAACUCCUACCGCGUGUUCCCUCGCGAGUUGAAGGACGUGUUUGCAUCGUGGAAGCGGCGCUGCGCGGCGGCCGGCUGUCCGGCCGACAUCAGCCAACGUCUGAUCGGCGCCUCGCUCUUCCUGCGCUUCCUGUGUCCCGCCAUCAUGUCGCCGUCGCUCUUCCAGCUCACCCAGGAAUAUCCCGACGAGCGCACGUCCCGAACGCUCACGCUCAUCACCAAAGUCAUCCAGAACCUCGCCAAUUUCGCCAAGUUCGGCAACAAGGAGGACUACAUGGCCUUCAUGAAUGACUUCCUGGAGCGCGAGUGGGCGGGGAUGACGCGUUUCCUGUCAGAAAUCUCCAAUCGGGAUAGCGCGACCGGCGCGGCGGGAUUCGACGGAUACGUGGACCUGGGCCGAGAGAUGGCCUCGCUGCACGGGAUGCUGGCCGACGUCGUCGCGCAGCUCGACCAGGCCACCGUCGUCAAGUUGGGCCCGCUGCCGAGGAUCCUGGGAGAUCUUUCCUGCCGUUUGGCCACGCCCGACCACCACCAGCCGCCCCGUGGCUCCGCCCACAACAUCAGCGCCAGCCUCUUGUCCGACUUGCACGCAAUCUUCCGUGAUGCCUCUGACAGCGUUGGUGAGGCGGUGACGGCGCCGGGCUCACCCAUCCUGCCACGGCAGGGACUUUUCUGCGAGGGCGGCCAAUUUGCCAGCGAAGCAACCGCUUUGAUGUGCGGACACAGCAUCUCUCUGGUGGACCUGCAGGACCCGGCCACCCAGAGUCCACUUUGCGCCCGGGCGAGUUCAAGGGCGUCGAUUAGACUGGCCGGAGCACCGCCCGCAGAUGAGCAGCCCCAGAGCGCCCCGCAGGUACGCCGCCCGCUAGCUCCACCCUUCAAACAGCAAAGCAGCCUGCAGCCGCUCUCCUUCCACAACCCCGCCUACCAGCUACAUGGCGCCGCCCACUCGCCACAGGACUCCAGCACCGGCAGCUCUCACGGGAGCCAGCCGGGACGCAUAACCUUGGACGAGACGGGCAGCGGCGAGGGGCCCGACAUCGCCGUUGUGACCGCCCACGUUGUCAAGGCGGAGCAGCGGCAGAGUCGCGCGGGACCCGACACGGAGGCCGCGCCCACCGACGGCCGCCACUCACCCGAUGGGGCGCCGCUGUCAUCCGGGGGAGCCGCGGAGCAGAAGGCGCGUUCCAUGACGCCCGUGGAGCGUACGGCAGCUUGGGUGCUGAGCAAUGGGCGCUACCAGCAGGAAGACGGCGGCGAGGGAGGCUCUUCGGACGAGUACAAGCGGGAGGCUCUUCGUCUGAAGGAGCUACUGUGCGCGUCCUGGCGUCGCCUGGACGAGUACCGACGGCGGCUGGCGGCGCAGGAGGUCGCCAUCGGCAGCAUGCGUGCCCACUACCAGACGCGGCUGGAUGCCAGUGAGGAUCGGCGCCGGCGAGAGUGCCGUGACAAACAGCGGCAGAUUGAUAACGUCCUCUGCAGGCUGCAAGCAGUGGAGGAAGAGCUAAAGCGCGACCAUGCUGAGAUGCAGGCAGUGAUUGAAACAAAACAGGAAGUCAUUGAUGCUCAGGAGCAGCGCAUCCUGUCUCUGGACGCUACGAACGCUCGCCUGAUGGCGGCACUGACGCAGUUGAAGGAUGGCUACGGAUCGGCCCACCUGUGCAAUCCCACCAAGCUAUCCAUCACCGAGAACGGGGAGUUCAAGAACAGCAGCUGCUGAUUGGGUAGGACGGGAUGCCGGGUGUGGAGCCUGGACUGUGUUGGACUACGUGAAACAAAACCUUUUGUAACUUUUCUAAGGUUUUUAUGAGAAUGGUGUCGUUCUGCUUUCAUUUUUUUUCUUUUAGGGGAGACGUUUUUAUCUGCUUGUUUCAGAUGUCUAAUUUAUUUCUCUACGUCAUGCGGUUGAGCUACUGAAGUGUGAAAGGUCAAAGUUUGCAAAGU